AUGAACGGACGACAGACAACCUCUGCUCUCACUUCAACAUGUUUCAUAUCGCCUAAAGCUACUGGGGUAGCUUCACUAGCUCUACAAUUUAUAUUACUGGUUAUUAGUGUUCUGAUCACACUGUUCUUUUUUUAUCAUAUUGGAGGCCAUGAAUGUACUAGUUGGGAACAAAAGUUUACGACUUUUCAACCUAUUAUGGAAGUCAUACCAUUGGACAGCUCGGCUAACUAUUCAGAACCUCCUAAUUCAUUGUCACAGGAUGAUAUGGUACGAGAAACGAACUUAAAUUUAAUAGAUAAGCAUGGAAUCAUAGAUGUUUUUUUUUCCAUACACGUAUACAUAUAUCGAAACUCAGUAGAUUGCUGUUUUCAGGGUAACAAUCUUAACAUUCUUGAACUAAUUCAUUUGUCAACUAUUAUCUAUGCUGGAAUAUCGGCAUCAUGGUUGUUUACAAUUAUUCUGCUAUUGAUUACUAUGCGAUGUAGAAUUUUGGAUACCGUCAUUAUAAAUGCAAUAUUCUUGACGAUCGCUGCAACCUACGCACUUUACAUCCUGUCAUCAUGGAAAACGAUGGCCAUUGUGAUAGGAUGCUCCAUUGCACUCGUCGGUUCAGCGAUUCUAUGUUUUGUUGCUUUAGCACUGGUGAUUGCUUGGUACAGAUAUAUUAUUGCAAGGAACAACACCGAGAAGGUAAGGAUUCAACAACUAUGGGGCACAGACGUAGGGCCUAGGUAUAGUUGA